AUGCUCAACUUGCUGCCGACCAAUGGCAACUCAUUGAAGCGCAAAAAUGACACUGAAGCCUCCGGCGAAGCGAAGAAGCUGCGCACAGAUCCGGAAGUGCCGACCUCGUCACCGGAGGCGAGAUCGACGGCGAACGCUGUCCUCCGAGAGCGAUUCGGUCUCAAUGCUUUUCGGCUGAAGCAGGAGGCGGCCAUCGCAAGACUUCUUGAUGGCGAGAGCUCGGUCGUCGUCUUCCCCACUGGCGGCGGCAAAUCUCUCUGCUAUCAGGUCCCAGCUCUAUGCUUCAAGAUCCUCGAUAAGGAGAGAGGUGAACGGCAAGGAAAAGGGGAGCAAGGCAUCACACUUGUCGUCUCGCCUCUAAUUGCACUGAUGAAGGAUCAAGUCGACGCACUCCAUCGCAAGGGUAUCAGCGCCGCCGUCAUGGACUCGACCAAAACGAAGGAAGAGUAUCUCCAGACUGUUGAUGCCAUGCGUAAUGGCACGCUCGACAUCCUGUACUGUGCGCCGGAACGGCUUAACAAUGAAGGUUUUGUGGCUAGCAUGGCCAACGUUCCCGGAGGCGUCCGACUUCUGGCUGUUGACGAGGCUCACUGUAUCUCCGAAUGGGGCCAUUCCUUCCGGCCGGACUACCUCAAAGUUGCACGAUUUGCAAAGGAGAUUCAAGCUGAGCGAGUGAUCUGCUUGACUGCGACAGCGACUCCGUCCGUGGCGCAGGACGUGUGUCGAGCUUUUGACAUCCCCGAGGAGGGGCUGUUCCGCACAUCGACGUAUAGGUCAAAUCUGCGCUUGCAUGCGCAAUCUUACCUGAGCAAGAAAGACUCGUACCCGAAGCUGCGAGCGUUUUUGAAAGCGUACCAUGGGUCGACGAUUAUCUACGUCACACAACAGAAGCAGACUGAAGAGCUGGCUGGACAGCUCCGUACGCAUGGGUUCAAAGCGAGACAUUUUCACGCUGGCAUGGACAAGAUCGAGAAGACACAUUGCCAAGAAGCGUUUAUGAAAGCGAACGACAUGAUCGUCGUGGCGACUAUUGCCUUUGGGAUGGGAAUCGACAAAGCCAACAUCCGGAGCGUGGUGCAUUACGCAGCACCAUCGAGUCUUGAGUCUUACAGCCAAGAGAUCGGUCGCGCAGGACGAGAUGGAUUGGAGAGCCAGUGCAUGCUUUACCUUUGUGCUGAUGAUCUGCACCUUCGCGAGAGCUUUGCUCGUGGAGAUUUACCAUCCAAAUCGUCGGUCCGCAGACUAUUGCAGGAUGUGUUCAAGCUCCAUCCCUCGCCCGCACCGGAGAACCACAUCGAGGCGAACUUCAACCAACAGUCAAGAGAGUUCGACAUCAAGGCAAACGCAUUGGGCAACAUAUACGCUCAACUCGAGCUUCGCUUCAACCUCCUGCGAGCCACCACACCGAAAUACACCAAGUACUCAUACAAGUCCCUCAAAAACACCGAGUGGGACAAGUCGCCUGCUGCAUCAGCUCUCCGAAAAGUUACGACGAAAGCAAGGACUCUGUCCCAUGUCGACCUCGACCGCGCCUUUCAACGCACGAGCGUCUCUCGUAAUGAUCUCGUUGCGAAGCUCAACUCCUGGCACGAUAGUCAUCUCAUCGACCUGCAGACUACAGGUGUGGUGAAUGUCUUUCGUGUGAUGGGAAAGUGGCCGCCGAGUAAAGCCGAGGCGGAGAAGAUUGUCGAUGAACUGUAUGAGGACAUGGAGGGCAGAGAGCAACAGGAGUUGAACCGCAUGGAUCAAGUCAUGGGCCUCAUUACAGGUGAAGCCUGUUUCGCGAGAUCGCUGGCCGAACAUUUUGGCGACUCCCUACCCGGCAAUGCACAGGAGUGCGGGCAUUGUACGUACUGCGAGACUCACACUGCAGUCAAGCAACUCGUCCCUCCACCCCGACCCUGGGAUGCGGCGGCUUGGAACGAAGUCCUCGCAGCGUGUCCCGAUCGUGAUGAUCCUCGAUACUUGGCGCGCGUGGCGUUUGGGAUCGGGAGCCCGAGGGUCACGGCGGCGAAGCUAGGUAAACAUGCGGUCUUUGGAUCGAUGGAGGAUCAUGAUUUCAAAGUAUGUAUAUGA